AUGGCUUUGAUUGAUUAGGUAUCAAUGAUAAAAGAAAAAGGCAAAGAAGAAAAUGUUUAAAAUAUCUAGAAAGCUAAGAAUAUUAGACCAGUAAGGAUCAUGCUAGAUGGUUGUUUUGACAUGAUACAUUCAGGCCACUACAACGCUCUUAGGCAAGCAAAAUAACUCGGCGAUGUUUUAAUUGCUGCUGUGAUAUGUGACUCUGAAGUUGAAAAGUUCAAAGGACCUCCAAUUCUUAAUUAAAAUGAGAGAGCAGAACUUAUUAGAGCAUGCAAAUGGGUUGAUUAAGCAGUCAUUGUUAAUUCCUACAAUCCAACUAUUGAUAUGCUUGAUUAUGUGGAGGGAGACUUUGCAGUGCACGGAGAUGAUCCAGUUUUGAAUCCUGAUGGUUCUGAUACAUAUCAACCAUUCAAGGAUGCCGGUAGAUUCAAGUUAUUAAAACGAACCGAAGGGGUGUCUACCACAGAUAUAGUAGGAAGGCUACUACUUCUCGCAAGGGAAAAAGAGCGAUUCCACAGUUAGCCAAGCUCAAGUGACAAUUAAAAUCAAAGUUUGAUUAGUAAAACAAUGCUUGAGUCAAUUGAACCUACAGAAGAAUAACUUAUAAAACAGAAAAUCUAAUCAUCAGAGAUGUUCUUGGCAACUAGUAGAAGAAUUAUGAAUUUUGGAAAUUAAAGAGACCCCAAACCUACAGAUAGAAUCGUUUAUAUAGAUGGCGAUUUUGACAUGCUACACAAUGGGCAUAUCCGUGCCCUCAAAGAGGCUAAGAGCAGAGGUGAUUUUAUUUAUGUUGGCAUUUAUGAUGACUAACUUGUGAGAUAACUUAAGGGAAAAAAUUCUCCAGUGUUGUCACUUCAUGAGAGAGUUUUGAUGGUUUUAGCGAUUAAGUAUGUUGAUGAUGUUUUAAUUGGUGCGCCCUAUAAGAUGACAGAAGAUAUGAUAAAAACCUUCAAUAUCUCAUUAGUAGUCUAAAGUGACAAGCACUUUGAAGAAAUUAAUCAAUACAGCCACCCAUUAUAAGAAAUUGAUGCAUACAAGAUUCCCAGGGACUUAGGUAUCCUUGAAAUUAUCUGCUUUGAGGACUGUUUGACGACAGAUAUGCUUUGUCAAAGAAUUCUAUAAAAUCAAGAGAGAUAACUUCUAAGAUUCAAUAAGGGAGCAUCCAAAAAUUAAAAAUACUAUAAGGAAUAGAAGUAAUAUGUCCCAGAAAUUUGA